GACGAGUGUCCCUAGUAUUGGCCCAGCUACGGCCCUGCUCUCACCAGCACCAUGAGAGUCGCCAGCCCGUCCUCCCUCCUGCUCCUCAGGCCAGCAGGGACCCCGUGGCCACUCCUCCUCCUGCUGCUCCUGCUGGGGCUGCCGGUCCACGCCGCCUCGCAGCGCAAGCACUUCGACGUGGACUUCGGCGGGAGUUCGGGUCCUGCGCGGGUUGUCAUCGACGAGAGCGAGGGAACGGUCUCCAUCACCCCCGCCGGCGCCUCGCACCCACACACGCUCGUCGACCUGAGGAAGGGUGUCGUCGUGUACAUAGUUAACCGAGAGUGCCUGGUGAGCUCGACGCCCCGCGGGACCCAUCGCUAUGCCCGGCUCCUCGACGCCUCUUCCUCCUCCUCCUCUUCUUCCUCCUCCUCCUCCUCUUCCUCCGCCGCCGCCGCCGUCGCCGCUGCCAUGGCGUCUGGGUCAGGAGGUCAUGACCCCGGGACUCUCUACGUGUCGAAGGCCAUUCCCAGUCAUCGGGUGAGAUCCGAGGUGGGACGUCACUUGGCCGCCUGGUGUCAGCAGCGGCCGACGUGGAGGCUGUCCCGCCGCCGCCCCUCCCUCCCCUCCUACAGGGACUACCUCAGGAAAUACGCGGCCAACCAGACUGCUGUGGCCGGAGGAGCGCACGUCCGCCGCAAGAGACGAGCGGGCCGCAGACACCGCCCGCAUAGGUCCGUGGGCGGCAGGAACAAAAAAGGGCGCAGGCGAGGCAAGAAGGCCAAGAAAGCCCAGACGAAAGCCCUGAGAAGGAGCAAGAAAACGGCCAAGGCAAAGGCAUCUCCGCGACUGGAGUUCCCGGCCGCGCAUGUCCCCAAAGUCCGGCCAGAAGAAGGACCAGAAGACUCGGUGACCGCCAAGAGUCCGGUCGUUCUCCAGGAGGAGCCCUACCUGUCUCCCUCGUUCGUCCGGAAUGAGGAGGGCGGCCAGGGCUUCAGGCAUUACCGGGAUUUCUACCACAACUCCGACGGGGACCUGGACGCCGAGGAGAGCGCGCCGGCCCCGAGUCGCCAUCGCUCCAAGCCCAAGACGAAGAGCAGCGCCCGCUUGCGCUCCAGGAUCGACAUCCCCGAGACGAUCGUCAAAGACGGACAGAUCUUCUAUAGGUACGACGCCGAGAUUGACUCCGGGAGGAACAAGAAGGACCAGAGUAAGAGGAGCCACCAGGGCAGUCAGGAAUACUUGGAGGGCGUAGAGGACUUCGCGGCGACGUCUGAUAAGCACAUCCCUGAUGUAUCUCCUGACACCUUAGUUGACGGGUCCUUGGGCGCCGGAGACUAUGGCGGCGGUGUUCUCGUGGAUCAUAACUUAAUAAGCGACGAUUAUCCACCCGAUCUUCAACUGUCACACGUACAGACACAAGCACAGAUGGGAGGCGGUAACCACGCAGCUUCUGCGGGAGCCCAGAUGGACUCAGGACCAGCAGUGCAAGUCCAAGGGAGUGCAACUUCAGGAGGGUUCUUCUCAGCGCAGGCUCAGAGCAUGGGACACCAGGGUAUGAGUCAAACGCAGGUCCAAGGAAGUAAGCACGGGGUCCAGGGAUCUGCUAUGACCCACGGUAAGGGUCGACAUUCCCAGGCGCAAGUUCAGAUGGGCGCCCACUCUCUUUCUGCCGCCCAGGUGCUGUCCCACAACAAUUCUCUCUCCUCGACAGUUACCACGGAGGAAGCAAUGGGCUUCACGGCCAGGGAGCUGCCUCUGCUUCUGUCUCAUCGCAGGGGAGUUCUUCCUUAG